AAAAGCCAGGGCAAGGGCGCUUUCCCUCCUCACCUCCUCACUGCACUGCGGAGCUGAGUCAGGAGCAACUAUUUUCAGAGACUGAAGAUGAAGAAGGUCGGCGUGAACGGAUUUGGCCGCAUUGGCCGUCUGGUUACCAGAGCUGCUGUAAACUCUGGAAAAGUCAAUGUCGUGGCUAUCAAUGACCCCUUCAUUGAUCUGAAUUACAUGGUCUACAUGUUUAAAUAUGACUCCACUCAUGGCCGUUUCCAUGGCACUGUCAAAGCCGAGAAUGGGAAACUGGUGAUCAAUGGAAAUGCUAUCACAGUCUUCCAAGAGCGCGAUCCUGCCAACAUCAAGUGGGCUGAUGCUGGGGCAGAAUAUGUUGUGGAGUCUACUGGCGUGUUCACCACCACAGAGAAGGCCAGCGCUCACCUGAAGGGCGGUGCUAAGCGUGUAAUUAUCUCUGCCCCAUCAGCUGAUGCCCCCAUGUUUGUGAUGGGUGUCAAUCAUGAAAAAUACGAUAACUCUCUGAAAGUUGUCAGCAAUGCUUCUUGCACUACCAACUGCCUGGCUCCCUUGGCCAAGGUCAUCCACGACAAUUUCCACAUUAUUGAAGGCCUUAUGACCACAGUCCAUGCCAUCACAGCUACACAGAAGACUGUGGAUGGUCCAUCUGGAAAGCUGUGGAGGGAUGGCAGAGGUGCUGCCCAGAACAUCAUCCCAGCAUCCACAGGUGCAGCUAAGGCUGUUGGCAAGGUCAUCCCUGACCUGAACGGAAAACUCACAGGGAUGGCUUUCCGUGUCCCAACUCCAAAUGUUUCCGUUGUGGACUUAACAUGCCGCUUGGAAAAACCAGCUAAAUAUGAUGACAUCAAGAAAGUUGUAAAGGCAGCUUCUGAAGGCCCCAUGAAGGGCAUCCUGGGAUACACAGAGGACCAGGUGGUCUCCUGCGACUUCAAUGGCGAUACCCAUUCUUCCAUCUUUGAUGCAGCUGCUGGCAUCGCUCUCAACGAUCACUUUGUCAAGCUGGUCUCCUGGUAUGACAAUGAAUAUGGAUACAGCAACCGUGUGGUAGACUUGAUGGUUCACAUGGCAUCCAAGGAGUAAAGACAAGACACGCCAUUUGCCUUACAACUUGGCUCUGUAGUCUUUUGCAGUUAAGAGGCUCUCUGUUCCAUCUGCCUCUUGAGGAAGGGGAGAAGCGGGAAGAAACAGUGAAAUGUUUCAGUAACACCACCCCUCUCAAUAAAAAAGUCAUCACUGUCUCAA